UAUUUCAAUUUUUUAAAAUCCUUCCAUCCAUUCCAAUUAUCAAAAAUAUCAGCCCCUUACCCUGGUAGAUACAAUUUCUUCUAAUGAUUCUCACCUUCGAUUCACGAUACUCCUUACCGCGAAUCGUCACACGACGCGUCUUUUUUAAUCACCCGCUUUGUAUCCGUCCCUGAAAGCUUGGUAAAGCGUACGUUCACACAUCCGCUCGCGUACCGUCGUGUAUAUGACCGGCUAUCGAAGCGCUCGAAUGUGUUAGAGUGGGUGGCCGGGUGGUUGGCUGCGUUUAUGAGGGUGCGGGCCCGAAAUUGAAAAGCACCCCAGCGAGAGGUAGGUGAGGGUGGUCGUGCAGCAGUCAUUGACAAGCGAAAGACCGUAUCAGAGGGUAAUCCUAUUGGUGGACGGCCGCGUCGCGACGUCCAGGCGUCAUUGGUCCGCCUUCGAGCUAUGGGGCGUGGUCUCGAGUUCCUCGAGGGUUCACGUGGAGGGGUGAGAAAUGCCUGGCUGCAUCCCUGGCAACGAUUACCGGAAAACCACAGGGUCGUUCAGCGGUAGGAAUCCAGCAUGGCGGACCUAGCAACCCCUCCGGCUGAAUUCACCACCACUACCACCAGUACCACCAUCAACACAACCACUACCAGCCGAAACCAAACCGUUCAGAGAGCAGUUUUUUAACGAGCAGCGUCGCAGCAGUGGAUGGAUCUGAUUUCAGCGAGGAACACCGCGACGCUAGGUAUCGUUCUAUCCAACCCGAUAAAGGAGAAGCACAGGUUGAAGCUACAAGAAAGAAAGCGAACAGAGGGUAGAAAGAGAUGGAGAACGAGGUUUCACUACCACGUAGCCAACGAUCAACAAUUGCACGACGUUCAGUGGGCGAAGGUAGGCGUCGUCUCGUGACGGUGGAAGGGAGGGUGGGGGUUUUAGAGCUUUGGCCAGGCGUCAACCGAUGCGAAGGGGUGCGCGCAGGCGCCGCGACGAGCGUCGUCGGCGAAGCGCCGCGUCAAACGUGCCGGCUAUAGGUUAAAUCCUCCCGCUCCUCGUUUUUGUUGUUUUUCCGGCGUUGCCUCCUGAUCCCGCCUUCAAAAGUGCCAACGGACCAAUCGGUGGCCCGUGCUCGCGGGACGCCCGAUGUCGAGACACCUCUGCAAGCCACCAACGACGUCGACCUCCGGUGAUACGGGACGAUCGAACCUAGCUAACGUCGAUCUCUCGCCGAGAGACACCGACUUCGAGACGUCAUACGUCGUCGUUGCUCGAGCUGACGCGGUUCCAUCGAUUUCUAAGAUUCUGUCAACUGACGAGCCGAUCUGGAUCUCCGAGACACGGAGGUUUUAGUUUCGAGGUAGUUUUCGUGGACCGUCGGGGUGAAUCAGUGUUUCGUCAGAAGUUCCAUGAGACUAAGUUUCGAUGGGUGCUUUGUUUGUCAAAGUUUGUAAUAUUUUGAGUAUGAUACGAAUUUGGACAGUUGAACUGUUGAUGUGCGCGAGUGUUGAAGAGUGAACUUGAUUAUAUAGUCUUGUAACUAGUAUAUUGCCUUUUAUAUAACGAGGAAUGUUCGUUGAUACACCAUGAACGGAGCAACGUCGGUUACUACUUCGGAAGAACAUCAGCAUCAACAUCAGCAACCGCAGAAUGAACCACCACCGGAGCAUCCGAGGAGCCCUACCAGCCCUUUGAGCAUUCGACAUGACUCUGGCGAGAGCAGCGUAAUCUCUCCAGGAUUACCAGAGCGUUACAGUCCUUUGGGGGCGACAGGAUCGACCUCGAGUCACGAUCCUUACGCCUCGAGGUCUGUUCAAGAAUGUCCGGUCCCCCUUUGCAGAGGAAUACCCACGGAUUUCCCACUUGCGAGAUCGCCAUACUUAACUGCUUUGGGAAACGGACAUCCUCAUUUGUUGGGACAAGUUCAGCAGCAGCAGCAACAACAACAGCAACAGCAGCAGCAGCAGCAACAACAACAACUGCAACCGCAACAUGGCAGCAAACCACCACGCAGCCUUGGCUUGAUAUGCGUGGUCUGCGGAGAUACUAGCUCUGGGAAACAUUACGGAAUUCUCGCUUGCAACGGAUGCAGUGGUUUCUUCAAAAGAAGCGUGAGGCGGAAGCUGAUAUAUAGAUGUCAAGCCGGUACUGGAAGAUGUGUUGUGGACAAAGCUCACCGAAAUCAAUGUCAGGCAUGCCGUUUGAAGAAAUGUAUGCAGAUGGGAAUGAAUAAAGACGAACAUGUCUCUUCCACUUCAUGGAUGCUGUAUGCUGUACAGAAUGAACGGCAACCCAGAAACACUGCCACCAUUAGACCAGAGGCUCUCGUCGAGAUGGACCAGGAACGCGCGCUUCGAGAGGCAGCAGUAGCCGUCGGUGUUUUUGGACCACCUGUGUCUUUAGCUAUGGCGAGAUACACGACACCAUUGCCUUUACCCACCGUUGCACCGACAACAAAUUCGACGAAUCCUCCAACACCACCGCGGCAGGAUAAUGAAGAUGGAAAUGCAUCUGAAGAUAGUAUAGACGUAACAAAUGAGGAACCAUUGACACCCCAAAGAAGCGGUUGCACGCAAAUUCCGCCUGUGAUUCCCUCGUUGUAUUCGCCUGCUAGUGCUGAAACGGUCUACGAAACCAGUGCUAGAUUGCUUUUCAUGGCUGUAAAGUGGGCCAAGAAUCUUCCGUCUUUCGCGAGUUUGCCUUUCAGAGAUCAGGUGAUACUUUUAGAAGAGGCCUGGUCAGAGCUUUUCCUUCUGAACGCAGUACAGUGGUGCCUUCCACUCGAAUCGUCGCCUCUCUUCAAUUCCGCGGAACUGACUGCCUUGACUCUGUCGCCGCAUCCGCACCCUCAUUCCGGAAUCCAUAUGCAAACUACCACGGGCAAACCGAGUCAAGUUGCAGCAGAUGUGAGGCAUUUGCACGAUACCUUGCAGAGAUAUAAGGCUGUCAUGGUUGAUCCUGCCGAAUUUGCCUGUAUGAAGGCUAUAGUACUAUUUCGACCAGAAACCCGUGGUUUAAAGGAUUCCAGUCAGAUAGAAAACUUGCAGGAUCAAGCGCAAGUGAUGUUAGGCCAACACGCUAGGGCGCAGCAACCAGGAAGUCCAGCAAGAUUCGGCAGAUUAUUACUGUUACUACCGUUGCUGAGGACAGUGCCAGCAUCGAGGGUGGAACUGAUAUACUUUCACAGAACAAUCGGCAACACUCCAAUGGAAAAAGUCUUGUGCGACAUGUAUAAAAAUUAAAGAUCAUUCUUCAGCGAUAUUUCACCCGGAACAAUAAAAAAGAAACAUUUCACGAGAAUUUUCGAAUAAUCGAUUCUUGUACAGUGCCACGUUAAAGUCAGGAUAAGUGAAAUUUUACCGACUUCAUAGUAUUGAGAAUAAUUUUAUUUCUGUAAGGUGUUCGUUCCAUUCCGUGACAUAGUUCACAUUUUUCCAUUAAAAUAAAACCUCGAACGUCAAAAAAUAUAAAAAUACGCGAAGUAUUCGACAUCGUAAUCGAAUCGUCACCAAAGUAAACGUAUCGCUGAUUUGAUCGAGAUUCCUUUGUAGUACCUGUACCUUCGGAUACAGUAUAUAAAAGAACACGAAGGACUUUUCUUUGCGAGAAUAUAUAAGUAUGCGAACUGAAGUGCAGCGUAGACGUUGAAAGUACUCAUUCAACGACAGAUUUGAAAAAAAAGACUAACAGGUAUGAAUAAACAAUUGAGCCGACUAAAUAAUCGAGAACGAUGUGUGAAAGCUUUGGCCUAAGGACGAAGCCCCAAGUAUGACCCUUUAAUAAAUUCUUCGCCUCGUCUAGUGAUUUCUUUCUACUAGAUCGGGACCGAGUAACGAUGGAUCCUUCGAGAAAAGUAACGAAUCGAUAAGUACAGUAUUUAGUUUAAUGGUUCAACGGUAUCUAAGUGAAACGAGGGAUACUCAGUUCUGACAUAAAGAUACAGAUAUAUACACAUAUUUAUUUAUUAUAAAAAUGUUUAUCGAACAUUAGGUUCGACGUGUUGACCAAGUCGUUUUAUCUUUCAGUUUUAAGUAGUCAAUUUUAUACGAAUCACACUAAUGACAAAAAUUUUCACUGGAGUAAAGAAUUUUUAUUUAAUUUAUUCGUGAGUUUUUUAACGUAUUAUUUAUGCUCACUGAAAUAUGUAAGAUAAGGUUUUGAAUAUACUUGAAUAACUGAUACAAACUUUCGGACAGCUGUAAAAAGAUACACGUCUGUGCUUUUCUUGUAUAUUUCGUGUUGUGAUACUAUUUGCUGUAAAAGUCUAGAUACUGAGUCACAUGACAUAUAUUGUAAUGAUUACCUAACCACUUGUAAUAAAAGUACACAUGCGUAAGAA